AUGGCAAAGGAUAGGAGUUGGGUUUUGAUAGAUGAUCAUCGAUUAGAUGCAUUUCAAAAGGGUUGUGAAGAAUUUUUGGAUUUUGCUUUUAAUAAGGCUGCGAUUGAUAAUAAAAUACGAUGUCCAUGUCGAGAUUGUGAGUGUAGAAAAAUUGGGGAUCGGGAAUUUGUCCAUGGACAUUUACUUUGGAGGGGUUGGGAUAAAUCUUAUGGUUUAGGCCAAUGGGUAAUGCACCUAGAGUCUGAGGAAGAAUAUCGUCUCGGGCAUCAGGUUUGUGAAACAAAUGAAGCUGCUGAUUUCAGAAUUUCUGAAGUUGAAGAGGUGAAUCAUGAAACCGAUGGUGGUGCGAGCGGUCGUGAGAACAUGGAAGAAUUGUUGCAAGCAUGUAUUCAUCCUGAUCAACACGAAUCAUUGGAAGAAUCCACACCGGAAGUUGAUGAUUUUCGUAAACUCAUUGAAGAGUGGUGUAUCCCUCUAUAUGAGGGAUGCCAAGAAAAUUCUAAACUUUCAUUCGUGUUGGAAUUCUACAAAAUUAAAUCUCGAGGCAAGAUGAGCGAUAAGACGUUUUCAGACACACUCCAACUAAUUAAAAAAAUUCCUGGUCUAAAUAUUCCCGACUCUUUUUAUGAAGUUAAGAAGUUGAUUGGGAAAUUGGGGUGUGGUUAUGUGAAAAUUGAUGCAUGUGAGAAUGAUUGCAUGUUGUUCUGGAAGGAUGAUAUAGACUUAGAUUCAUGUAGAGUCUGCAAUGCUUCACGAUGGAAGACUUCCAUGGAGAACCAGCCGAGCUCUUCAACCACUCGCCGCAAAAGAGUACCGAAAAAGGUUUUGCGACACUUCCCCUUGAUUCCGAGGCUUAAGCGUUUAUUUAUCUGUGAGAGAACAUCCAUUAACAUGAGAUGGCAUGCGGAGACUCGAUGUGACGAUGGAGUUCUCAGGCAUCCUGCUGAUUCCGAUGCGUGGAAAGAGUUCGAUAAGAAACAUGAGUCAUUUUCUUUGGAAUCCCGAAACGUAAGGCUAGGUUUGGCUACAGAUGGUUUCAAUCCUUUUGGAUCAUUAAGUAGCAAGUAUAGCACGUGGCCUGUCAUUCUAAUGAUUUACAAUUUGCCACCAAAUUUGUGCAUGCAACGUUCUCAUAUGAUGAUGUCAUUGCUUAUUUCUGGUCCCAAGGGACCUAAAAAUGGCAUUGAUGUUUAUUUGCAACCAUUGAUAGACGAGCUGAAGGAGUUGUGGAAUUCGGGAAUUCAAACUUUUGAUAUGUCCACCAAACAGUACUUUAAUAUGCGAGCGGCCCUCUUGUGGACUAUUAAUGACUUCCCGGCACUUGGUAAUUUAUCGGGGUGGAGCACGAGCGGUUAUCUUGCUUGUCCUAGCUGUGCUGAAGAUACCGUAUCUGAGCGUUUGUACAAGUCAAACAAACAAUGUUUUAUGGGACAUAGCCGCUUUCCAGAGGAAGGGGCACCACCUCCACCGUCCGGGGAAGAUGUCUUAUCAAAAACGGAGGGAAUCGAUGUUGUAUUUGGCGUAGGCCAAGCAGUUCAUAGAGAUUCUCAAUGGAGAAAGAGAAGUAUUUUCUUUGAACUGCCUUAUUGGAAAGAUAAUUUGAUACGUCAUAACCUGGAUGUCAUGCAUAUUGAGAAGAACAUUGGGGAAUUGCUACUAAAGUGGCUAUUAAAUCUUCUUAGCAAAAAUGAUGGUUUUGAAAAUGCAAAGGAGGACAUUGAAAAAAUUAAAAAACCACCAUCUGGUUCCUAA